UUUGCAUCCGUUCCUGGAAAUAUGCAAUGUGAUGUGCUGCUGUCUUGGAGAAAGUUCAGAGCAUGAACGAAGCCUCCAGUUAUUCCCAUAAUAGCGUGGAUAGUACCUUGAAAAGUGAAGAUAUCAAUACUUUGGACACUAGUUCUGUCACAGAAGAUGUUAGUGGCAGGGAAGGACCAUCUGCUGAGGAGCUACGGAGACAGAAACGUUUGGUCAGGAACAGAAUUUCAGCAGAACGUUCCAGAAGAAGAAGACUUUCCAGGAUUGAAGAUUUGAUGGCACAUAAUAAGCGACUACAAGAGGAAUUGGAGUCUUUGCAAGCUAUGGAAGUGGAGAAUGGCUAUUUGAAGAGGCAAGUUGACCCGAGUGUCCGAUGUCUUCCAAUUGUUUCAAUUCGAGUCUUAUUCAAGUUGCCACUAUGUCUCAGCAACAGUUUGCACAAGACCAAAGCUCGAAAGACGUUAUAUAUGAUGUUGAGAAGCUUUGUAGUACAGAGUCACAAAGGGAACUUUCGUCGAGUUCUUCUAUUUGGAGUCUUGGAUAUGAAGCUCCUUGGUUGAAACAAGCUUCGGCAGCUCGUGCAGCUCUUGCUCGACAGCUAUCUAACAAGUCGACU